UCUCCAGCUCGGUCCUCCCUGUACCUGACCUCUCAGCAGAAAGGACACACAGAGGAAGAAGGGCUGGUUGAUGAGCUCCUGACAGGCUGGUUACAGGACCUGGUGACCUUUGAGGAUGUGGCUGUGGAGUUCACCCAGGAGGAGUGGGCAUUGUUGGACCCUUCUCAGAGAACACUGUACAGGGACGUGAUGCUGGAGAACUGCAGAAACCUGGCCUCACUUGGGUGUCAUGUUGAUAAACACAGUCUGAUAUCCCAGUUGGAGCCAGAAGACAAUGAUGACAGAGGAAACCUCCCAGGCCCCUGUCCAGAUUUGGAGUCUCUACUUAAAGCCAAAUGGUUCAUGCCGAAGAAACAUGCUUUUAGAAAAGAACCGUCUAAAGGUGUAAAAGUGGUAAGACUACAGGAAAGAAGUUACCCUGGAGUGAAACUCAAUGAAUGUAAUCAGUGUUUUAAAGUCUUCAGCACAAAAUCUAACCUUACUCAGCACAAAAGAAUUCAUACUGGAGAAAAACCCUAUUACUGCAAUCAAUGUGGAAAAUUCUUCAGCAGUAGAUAUUACCUUGCUAUUCAUAAGAGAAUCCAUAAUGGGGAGAAACCCUAUGAGUGCAAUCACUGUGGGAAAGCAUUUAGUGAUCCCUCAUCCCUUAGACUCCAGAUGAGAAUUCACACUGGAGAAAAACCUUAUGAAUGUAACCAGUGUUUUCAUGUCUUUCGCACUAGUUGCAAUCUCAAAAGCCACAAGAGAAUUCAUACGAGGGAGAAUCACCAUGAAUGUAAUCAGUGUGGCAAGGCUUUCAGCACAAGGUCCUCCCUUACUGGGCACAAUACCAUUCAUACAGGAGAGAAACCUUACAAAUGCCAUGACUGUGGGAAAACCUUCAGGAAGAGCUCAUAUCUGACACAGCACAUGAGAACUCAUACUGGAGAAAAACCCUAUGAAUGUAGUGAGUGUGGAAAAUCCUUCAGCAGUAGUUUUUCUCUUACCAUGCACAAGAGAAUACAUACAGGAGAGAAACCCUAUGAAUGCAGUGACUGUGGGAAAGCCUUUAAUAAUCCCUCAGCUGUUAAGAAACACUUGAGAACUCACACCAGAGAAAAACCCUAUAAGUGUAAUCAUUGUGGAAAAUCUUUUACUAGUAACUCUUACCUUUCUGUGCACAAGAGUAUACAUAAUAGGUGGAUAUGA